AUGCCACGCCGCCCACUUGCGCUUGAUGUUCCAUUCGUAGCUAGUUUUGUGGACAGCAUGAUGACGCUCAUUUUGCAUUGCAGAAGGGAGAAUGGAAACAAGUGGACACCAGUCAACUCCAAAAUCGACGACAUCCGACGAGGAUACCAGAAAGUGUCAAGUUCGACGAAUGGUAAUGCCUUGCUCAUGGUCAAGUCUUACAACGCGAGCGCAGGUAGUGUGAGGCAGCCCCAUCUCAACAAAAUUCGGCAGCACGUCCUGCGCGUAGUCGAAGUUGCAGUCGGGAGUCAGGAUCCAGCACGGCGACGGGCGAACAUCUCCGACUUUAUCUUCCCAUUGUCAAGCGACCAUCUGAUCCCUCUCAUUCAUUACAACGUCUGGCGGGCCAUCGUCACAAAUAUGAUCCUGCUUGGAUCUGCGCAGAUGCUGCUCGGCUGUCAGAGUGGUGACACGGAUGAUAGCUUGUUGCGCGUUGUACCACUGCCAAUGCCGCGAGCUAUUCCUCCUUCCCUGCAACCGACCUUGUUACAGCAAGAAAUCAACCACGAGUCGUGGAUUGAUCUGUUCCCGCUUCCCGCUCUACGCGACACGCUCAUCCGCGCCGUAGGCACGUACAAUGAAUGUGACCUUUGCGGUGACAUGGUUGGUGCUAUCGUUGAAAAGGGCGGAGCCGAGGAUGCCCAGCGGGAUGGUAUCUCCUCCUCUCCUUCCUCUGGAGCUUCAAGAAAUACAUCUAUCACAAGACCGCGAGGAGCGCCUAACCCCCCAAGCUCCGCGGUCCUCCCAGAUGAGAACAAAGGCCUCAUCAUCUGGGGAAAUCCCGAAUGCAUUGGCUCGUGGGAGGUAUCGGAGGGCUUCGCAAGGAAAUGGGGAUGGAUGAUCAAGGAGGGCUGUGGCGAGUUACUCCGGGCUACUGAUUCUCAUAGACAAGCCAGAUCAGAUGACCCCAUUGAAUGGGAAAGCUUCGGCAUCAAGUGCAACUGA